AUGCCAUUUGCAGACUGGAUCCCAGCAAUGAUUGGGCACGCUGCCAUGUGCAAGAUGCUACUUGGCUGUGGAGCGGGUAUGACAGAUUGCCUUGCAAUUGCCGCUGGCACAGCAGCGGACACUCACACGAGCAGUAAAUCAUCUUCACCCUUUUCGAUCGCAUCUAUCUAUAUAUUCGGGUCUGCAUUCGCGUUUGUAUUUACCUCCCUACAGCUUAUAUACCCCGGUGAGGCCAUGUCGAACGAUACGAGAGGUAAGAGAAAGCGGGUUUCCCAGCUAACAGCUGGUACGGCUGGAAUCGUGAACGCGUUUUGUGACGCCCGUUGGACAAUUAAGAUCAAAUACUGGUUCUACGUCUUCUUCGCCUUCUGA